GUUUACAUUUGUAACGGAGUCUAUGGAAUGGAGGCACUGAAAAUUUGACUUUUAACCACGAUCUUGAAAGAAAAAUAGUAUAACCAAUAAAUUCAGGGGCAAUUUACUGUCUCCGUGAAAUCCUUAUUUCAGAAUUCUUUAACUCAGUUGUACGACGUAUACUAUCUAUGAACGCUAGAUUAAACAUCCACGUUAUCAUGAUUUCCCCUAUCACUUUGUUUUGAAAACGGUUGUGUUUAAACUUUAAAAGUGGAAAGUCGCCUCUGUGGCAGCGUAAAACUAAAAAUGGUGAAUGAUGGACUACUUGCUAAGUACAUACAAAUAACCAUUGUAGUCGCAGCGUAUUGGUGCAUAUCAAUUUUGACAGUGUUUGUAAAUAAAGCUUUGCUUAGUGGUGCUACGAUUAAUCUCGACGCGCCGUUAUUUGUUACGUGGUACCAAUGUGUCGUAUCAGCGACAAUAUGUUUUACGUUAAGCCGUCUAACUAAAACGUUUCCGAAUAUAUUUUCAUUUCCAGACGGUUCACCACUUGACCCAGAAGUCAUCAAGAAAGUGAUUCCUCUGUCAAUACUUUUCACAGCAAUGAUAGCAUUCAAUAAUCUUUGCUUAAAAUACGUGGAUGUGUCCUUUUAUUACAUAGGUCGCUCCUUGACAACUGUAUUUAAUGUGAUUUUAACGUAUCUAGUGCUUAGACAAAAGACAUCAAUACAGACAGUAGCAUGUUGUGCCAUUAUUGUUAGUGGUUUUUUCCUUGGGGUUGAUCAGGAGAGUGUGGCUGGUUCACUGUCUAUUCUUGGGACAGUUUUUGGUGUUCUUGGCUCAUUGUCCUUAUCAAUGUAUUCCAUAUACACAAAACAAGUUCUUCCCUUUGUGGAUCAACAAAUAUGGCUUUUAUCUUACUACAAUAAUGUGUAUUCCAUGGUCUUGUUCCUUCCACUUAUUGUGAUCAAUCAAGAAAUAUCUGCCAUUGUUCAUUAUGAAAAGCUGACAGACUGGUACUUCUGGUUCCUAAUGACCAUCGGAGGGCUGUGCGGGUUUUCAAUUGGUUUUGUCACUGCAUUACAAAUAAAAGUCACAUCUCCGCUGACACACAACAUAUCAGGGACAGCGAAAGCGUGUGCUCAGACAGUAUUAGCAACGUAUUGGUAUGAAGAAUCAAGACCCACACUUUGGUGGUUAUCUAACUGGGUUGUUCUUGGCGGUAGUGCUGCGUACACACGAGUGAAACAAAAAGAGAUGGAAAAGAACCACUCACAAACAAAACUUCCAACAGUUACAACUAAAAUAUGACCACAGUACAACCAUUAAUUUUUUUUUGUAGGGCUACAUGUUUUUGUCAUGUGCAAUUAAGAUUCUUUAUUCAAUGUGAUGUUAAAUAGUGAUCAAGCAUCAGCGGUAA